AUGACUUCUAUUCCAAAUUUCCGAUCCCUUACCCAGUUGGUUGACAAGACCGUCGUUAUCAUCGGCGGGUCCUCUGGAAUCGGCUACGAAGUCGCGAGAGCAUCCCUCGAGCACGGCGCGAAGGUCAUCAUCGCCUCCAGCCAUGCCGAAAAGGUUGACACUGCUGUCAAGAACUUAUCUGCAUUGCACGAGUCAUUCAAGGGGCGGAUCUCUGGCUCGACCUGCAAUGUCAAGGUUGACAGAGAAAUUGAGAAGUUCUGGGAUAGCGUUGGGCAAUUCGAUCAUCUCGUGUACACAGCGAUUGACAGCGUCCCCCAAUUCUUCUCCGAGACAGACAAUGGCCGACGGGCCCACUUCGACAUCAUCUUCUGGGGUGCCCUUAUCAGCGCCAAUUACACCAUGCAGAAGGGGUACAUCAACGCCGGAGGAUCGAUAACUAUGACGAUGAGCUCGAGCUUCAAAAAGCCGCAUAAGGGGUGGGAGAUUGCGGCUUCAAUCACCGGAGCGGUGGAUGGCUUGACGCGUGGGUUGGCGGUUCAGCUGGCGCCGAUCAGGGUGAACACAGUCAGUCCGGGGUAUGUCGAUACUAAUAUGUGGCACGCCAUGGACCCCACAGCAAAAGUAGCGUUGGAAGAUGGUAUCUCCAAGACAGCGCUGGUGCAACACGUCGCGAAGCCAGAGGAGAUCGCUGACGCAUACCUCUUUUGCAUGAAAUGCACGAAUCUCACAGGGGUAACGAUCAAUGUCGAGGGCGGAAGACUGCUUGCACAGCCGUUGGUGGAUCAUUGGCUUGAAGCCAAGCCGCUGUGA